CCAGUUAAGUUUGCUAUUGUGACUAAAAAUGGUGCGAAAUUUGAAGACUUAGACAUAGAAGGUUUGUUAACAGUCAAAGAAAGUUUUGACAGAAGGUUCUCAAACCUUAAAGAAGGCAAAGCAUACAAACUUGUUAUACCUUAUGAACCAAAGAAAGCAGACGACUAUGAAUAUUAUGAGUCUAAAGUUGUAGAAGUUCAAGGUAAAUUGGGUAAAAAGAUUUUAGAGUCUAAGCCAGUGUUUACUCCUAAAGAGGAAGAGAACAUUGACAUUGACCCAGAAAUGUUCUAA